AUGACCAGCAUCCGUCGCCUUGCUCUUUACCUUGGAGCCCUGCUCCCCGCUGUCCUGGCCGCUCCUGCUGUUAAUCACAAGUUGCCCGAAGCUGUUCCCAACAAGUUCAUUGUGACUCUCAAAGAUGGUGCCUCCGUCGAUGCCGAUUCUCACCUUACUUGGGUGAAAGACCUCCACAGGCGCUCACUCGGCAAGCGCAACACUGCUGGUGUUGAGAAGACCUACAACAUCGACACCUGGAAUGCCUAUGCUGGCGAGUUUGAUGAGGAGACCGUUGAGCAGAUCAAGGCCAGCCCCGAUGUUGCUUCCGUCGAGCCCGACUACAUCAUGUGGCUGUCUGACAUUGUUGAAGACAAGCGUGCUUUGACCACUCAGACUGGUGCCCCUUGGGGUCUCGGCACGGUCUCCCACCGGACCCCCGGCUCAACCAGCUACAUCUAUGACACCUCGGCUGGUAGCGGAACAUUUGCCUACGUUGUUGACUCUGGAAUCAAUAUUGCUCACCAGCAAUUCGGCGGACGUGCCAGCCUCGGCUACAACGCCGCUGGCGGAGAUCACGUUGACACUCUCGGUCACGGCACUCACGUUUCCGGAACAAUCGGUGGCUCUACCUAUGGCGUUGCGAAGCAGGCCAGCUUGAUUUCCGUCAAAGUCUUCCAGGGAAACAGCGCCAGUACCUCGGUCAUUCUCGACGGCUAUAACUGGGCCGUGAACGACAUCGUGUCCCGCAGCCGUGCCAGCAAGUCUGCCAUCAACAUGUCUCUCGGGGGACCCGCUUCUUCUACUUGGACCACGGCGAUUAACGCAGCCUACAACAAGGGUGUUUUAACUAUCGUGGCCGCCGGCAACGGUGAUGCCCUUGGGAACCCCCAGCCUGUUUCUAGUACUUCUCCCGCCAAUGUGCCCAACGCCAUCACCGUUGCUGCCCUUGACAUCAACUGGCGCACCGCUUCCUUCACCAACUAUGGUGCUGGCGUUGACGUCUUUGCUCCCGGUGUCAACAUCCUGUCUUCAUGGAUUGGCUCCAACACUGCCACAAACACUAUUAGUGGUACUUCCAUGGCCACUCCUCACGUUGUCGGCCUCGCCCUUUACCUUCAGUCUCUUGAGGGCCUUAGCACCCCAGCUGCUGUCACUAACCGCAUCAAGGCCCUGGCUACUACUGGCCGCGUCACUGGCAGUCUGAAUGGCAGCCCUAACACUAUCAUCUUCAACGGAAACAGUGCUUAG